AUGCGAAGAGUGCAUAAAUGGGUACGACCAACUUUGUCAAUAAGAACUUUCACCUAUGACGACGUAUGGAAAGAUGUCAACGGGAAUGUAACAGGAUACCGAGCUCAUGGGGUUACGCGGACAGAAUUCGCGCACAAGCCGAAUUCGCUUUUCAUAUUCAAAAGAAAUUUGUUCUGUAACCGGGUCACGAUUUUCAAGCUGUUCAAAUCGUUUAUUGAAGUUGUGACUUGA